AUGGCAAGCAGCGGCGAUGGGCAGAAGCCCAAUUUCUUCAAGCGACAAUGGCAAAAGCUCGAGAUAACACCGUUCUUUAUCCUACUCGCCAUUAAAGGUGGCCUUCCAGCCACAAUUGCCUUAGCGGCAUAUCAAUCCUAUGAGUUCGCUGAAAUAUACACAACGCUUGGCUAUAUCAUUGCGAUUAUGGCACAAUUGAGUCUAGCAAUUCAACCAAGAGCCAAGUUUGUUCAGUCGAUGCUAAUGAAUGUAUUUUUCAUCUGCGUUGGCGCCGCAACCGCACUCCUGGAAAUCCAAUGUGUGAUCGCUGCUAGGUCAACACCACCAGCAGGUGCCAUGACUGGGCAGUCUAGUGCACCAGAAACUCCUGUAUAUGAUGCAUCGGCCUGUACAGUUGCAGCCGUCUGGUUGUUUGUCGAGAUUUUCCUUGUCAACACUGUCAAAGCUGUACGGCCUCAGCUAACAAUUUCCGUCAUCCAAUAUUCAAUAUUUACCAUCGUUGCUUCAGUCUAUGCUCCAAUGUUUCCAAAUAUGGCUGCGGGAAUGUCGUUCGUAAGAAGAUUACUCAUCAGCUUCCUCACAGGACAUGCUAUAGGCACAGGGGUUUCUCUCUUCGUACUUCCUGUCACGUCUCGGGGCACAGUGUCAAAGCAGCUCGCUGGCUUGAUGAAUCUGCUCAAAGCCUGUAUAGCGUCUCAGGGCGCCUAUCUAGGCAGUCUAUCUCAUGACGGACAAGAGAACGAGAAAGAGAAGGCAGCUGCCGCAAAAGUGAGGUCAACAUUGACAGCAGCUUCUGAGCUCCUAGGCAAGGUAAAACUCGAGUUGGGGUUCGCACGUAAAGAGAUCGCCUUUGGAAAGUUGAGUCCUGAGCACUUUUCAGGAGUGUUCGAAAGAGUGAGGUCUAUGUAUCAGCCUGUCAUGGGAAUGUCCGCAUUCCUGGAGAUGGUACAGGCUGUAAGAGAACAUCGGCUUUCCGCUGCCGACACGCCUGAAGCAGAAGACGCCCUGCAAGCUAUACAGAAGUUGGAGAUUGAAGAAUGGAACGACGUCGUCAAUUUAACAAAAGAAUCUCAUCUCGAGCACGAGAAAGUAUUUUUUACAGGUCUUGAGCACGUCUCGCUCCAGCUUGAGCUUGUGAAGAGACCUAAGAGUGCCGAAGAACAUAAGAAUGGCGAUCCUGAGAAAGAUGGAGGAAGUACUCCUCGACCAGGAAGUGCUGGUUUUACCAAACAUUUCGAGCAGCAGCUCCAUCGAUAUCAACGACAGCGAAAUGAGAUCAUCCAGGACUGGGCAGAACACAAGAACCUCGGUCUUCCACAGCGCUUUUGGCCAAGCUCAGGGGAGAAACCAACUUUGCAACGAGAAGAAACCAGAGUUAUGAGAAGAAGACUAAACCAGCAUCAAUUAUACUUGGUACUAUUCCUCAACUUCCUGAGCUUCUCAACAGGCGAAUCGAUCCUGAACUUGGUCAAGUAUGCUGACAGUCUGGUCGACGAUGGCACAACGAAGAAGAACCGUUUCAUCUGGCCUGGAAUGCGUCGCAUACACAAGCUGCUCAUGGGUGGCCUGACAAGAAGUUCGCAAGAUGAGACAUUGACUGCAGAUGUGAAUGGUGGAGGAAACAUUUACCUUGGUGAUGGUUUCAACCAGAAGAAAGACCCGGAGCAUCUUCCACCAACCGACAUCUAUGAAAACGUCACAGACCGCAUUCGCAUGGCAUCAGGUAUGCUGAAAUCGGAUGCAGCCAAAUUUGGCUUUCGUGCUGCUUGUGCCGCGAUGAGCAUUGGUGUUGUCGGUUACCUACGUGCUACCAGGCCAUUCUUCUUGCAGCAACGGGGACUAUGGGCCUUGAUCAUGACUGCCAUAUCCAUGGAUCCUCAUGCAGGUCAAGGAAUAUUCGGAUUCGUAACCAGGAUCGGUGGAACUGUCGUCGCCAUGGUUGCAUCUAUGACAAUCUGGUAUAUGUGUAACGAGAACCACGCUGGAAUUCUGGUGGUCUUCGCCAUUUACAUGAGCUGCUGGACUCUUUUCAUGAUCAAGAAGCCGCAGUACGCUGUCGUGGCAAUGAUCUCAUCGAUAACUGUCAUUCUCAUCAUCGGUUACGAGCUUCAGGUUGAACGUAUCGGCAUUCAAGUGGCUGAGUCGAACGGCCAGGAAGCAUACGCCAUUUACGUUCUUGCUCCUUACCGGUUAGCCACCGUCGUCAUUGGAAUAGGGGUUGCUUUUAUCUGGACAUACUUCCCAUACCCAAUCACCACUCAUGGUGCCCUACGACAGGAUGUAGGGGCGACGCUAUACAUCCUCGCCAAUUUCUAUUCAUGUGUGCACACAACCCUCGAAGCCAGGCUAAAGAUGGGUCCCGCUAUUCACGAUCUUGCUCCUAAUCAUCCUAUCAAUAAACUGGACAAGGCGCGGACUAAAACAUUCGGCAAAGUGCUGUUAAUGCUGACAGGGCUACGCAACCACAGCAACUUUGCGAGGUUUGAGCCACCGUUUGGAGGCCGCUUUCCUCGCGAGACCUACACAGAACUCACCAACAGCAUACGAAAUGUCUUCACCUACCUUGCGCUAAUAACGUACUCAUCACAGGCAUACAUACGUACCCCUCAGGGGUCUAACCAAGAAGAAAUAGACGAAGAAAAUGAAUGGCUCGACGAAUUUCGCAGCUUUGCAGCAGACACCAAAAUCACCUCUCACGAAAUUACCACUAACCUAUGUCUCUUGUCCGCUGCAAUCACGAACGAGCAGCCCUUACCACCAUACUUACGCUCUCCUCGACCUUUUGCCACUGGUCCCAAGAUGGACGGAGUCGAUCCAAGCAUACUAGGUGUACAGCAUUUUGCUCACCCCUGCUACGCAGCAUUCGCGGUAGGAGAAGUUGCGAGCGCAUUCGUGACGGCAGAAAUGGCGAAGAUUACGAAACUGAUCAAGCAGCUUGUUGGGGAGGUUGACUUCAGCUUUCACGUCGUAAAGACAACGGACGAUGGGUCUAGUACGAGUAGCACGUUGUGGGGGAGUGACACGUCGCUGAAAGCGCCUAACGGUAAUUCGAGUAGUAAGAAGUCGAAGGGCGAGUGA